ACAUGAUUAUUUAUUUAAACAAAGCAGAACAACUAACCGUGAACAAAAGAAUCAAAAAGGCAAAAGCAAAGAGAGAGAGAAGAAGUGGAGACUUGUGUCCUUGCGGUGUUUAGCUUCUUGCUUUGGCCUUUUGUCCUUUAGGUUCUUACCUUUUUCCGAUCAUUCAGACCAAUCUCUCGCCUUUUUGGCAUCUUCGUCUUUCUUAUAUAUAUCUCUGUUGGGAUUCUACAAUCAAUUCCUCUGUUGGGAUUCACAAACACAGAGAGAGAGAGAUGUAUAAUCAGAUGGCUAUAUCUUCUUCAUCUUCUUCAUCAUCAUCUUCUCCUUCUUCGUACUAUGAAUCGUUGAAGAUUUUGGAAGCUGAUGUCCAACACGCAAACACUUUGGCAGAAGCAAUUCCAAUGGGGAAGAACAAUGUGAGGCUUCAGAUGAAACUGGUUCAUAGCAACUUUGCUUCAUUGUUACUCUUCUUGCUUCGGUGGAUGGAUCUUUCUUGCUCAUGUCUACUUCCUCGUUACUUUAAUCUCUUUCAUGUUCUUGUCUACAAGGUUCAUUCUGAUGGACAGCCUAAGCUCACUACGCACGGGAGGAAAGCAACUAUCAGUGAGUUCUAUGGUGUGAUACUACCAUCACUUCAGCUAUUACACAGCAACUUAGACGAGCUGGCAAACGCAGACCUCGGGUUUGACCUUAAAAGACUCAGCAAGAAGAUAACAAAAGAGGCUCGCAGCAGUAGUAGAUUCAGCAAUGCCGCGUUUGAUCGUGAGGAAGAAUGUGGAAUCUGUUUAGAAACUUGCACCAAAAUGGUUUUGCCUAAUUGCUGCCACUCCAUGUGCAUCAAAUGCUACCGCAACUGGAACUUGAAGUCUCAGUCAUGCCCGUUCUGCCGGGGGAGCAUGAAGAGAGUGAACUCAGAGGAUUUGUGGGUGCUUGCUGGUGACAACGACGUGGUGGAUACAAGGACGGCUUCAAGGGAAGAUUUGUUCAGAUUCUAUCUCUACAUCAAUAGCCUUCCCAAGGAUUACCCUGAAGCUCUCUUCUUGGUUUACUAUGAGUACUCAAAUCUGAUUUAGAAUCUGGACAAACAAGACUAUGUACAGAUUUUUAGAAGGUAAAAAAAAUGUAUUGUAUAGAAUGUAAAACUGUGUGUUUGGCUUUGGGAUGGUUUGAUGCAACAUGCCAAAGCCCCUCAGCUUUUACAUCCUUUAUUUAAAAUUAAAUAACUGUGAAAUGCUACCAAAUAAAGCUUGAAUAAGAGCAAAUAAUAAAGAUCUCUUUUACAACA